UCUAGUGGAACGCUUCUUCAACAACUGCAGCCACCUCCGUAACGAAGUCGGAGCAUUCAAGUUCUUUAGACAAUUUCGUGGUUUAUUUGACACUAUGCUUUAAACAUACGUAUGUGUGAACAACUAGCUACCUCAUUUAAUUUAAUAUUUACGUUAUAAGUCUAGCUAGCUGGCUGGUUAAGUUAGCACUAGUCUAGUCGCUAAUGCUAACAAGCUAUUAUCCCCGACCAUGAGUUCACUAAGCUACUCUCCUGUUAAAGAAGAGGAGGUCUGCUGGACGGAGAAGGAAGCUCUCGUCAAGGAGGAGGAGGAAGAGAAGGAUGUUACAAUACAAAAACAAGUAGAGGCUGUUACAGUGAAAGAAGAAGUGAAAGCCGUUACAGUGAAAGAAGAGGAAGACGCGUUCAGAGUGAAAGAGGAGGAGGAUGUUACAGUAAAAGAAGAGGAGGAAGAGAAAGAGGAGGAUGUUACAGUAAAAGAAGAGGAGGAAGAGAAGGACGCCUUCAAAGUGAAAGAGGAGGAGGAAGAUGCCGUUUUGGGAGUGGAGGAUGAAGAGGGGGAGAUUACUGUCACAUUGGAGGAGGACGAAGAAGAGAAGACUGGAGAACUGAUUAACACCAGUAAAUACAGAGAGAGACAUGACUAUCGUGGAUCCUCUGGGGAGCCUCAACAACAUCAUGAAGCUGACGAGGCAGAGAAGACUCUCUCCCGAUCAGAACUGCUCAAGAAACACCAGCAGAAACCCACAGGGAAGAAAUCUAUCUACUGCUCUGACUGUGGGAAACAUUGCAAAUCUUCAUCAAAACUUAAAAUACACCAGCGAGUACACACAGGAGAGAAACCUUAUAGUUGUGAUCAGUGUGGCAAGAGUUUUACUAAGUCAAACAACCUGGUAUCACACCAGAGAACACACACAGGAGAGCAGCCAUAUAGCUGUAAGCAAUGUGGGAGGAGUUUUUCUCAGUCAAACAGCCUGGAUAGACACCAAAGAACACACACAGGAGAGAAGCCUUAUAGCUGUGAUCAAUGUGGGAAGAGUUUUACUCGGUCAAGCUCCCUGAAAUUACACCAGAAACUACACACAAGAGAGCAGUCAUAUAGCUGAGAGCAAUGUGACAAGAGAUACUCUCAUUCAAGUGGUCUGAUUAAACAUCAGAAAAUACAUGCAGGAGGUCCACAGAGUGUGGAAUGAUCUCCAACACCAGACCUGGGUAAUAGAACACAGAUUGUGGAAUGAUCUCCAACACCAGACCUGGGUAGUAGAACACAGAGUGUAGAAUGACCAACACCAGACCUAUAUACAUCAAAUCACAUUUUAUUUGUCACAUACACUUCUUUAGCAGAUGUUAUUGCGGGUGUAGCAAAAUGCUCGUGUUUCUAGCUCCAACAGUCCAGUAAUAUCUAACAAGUAAUAUCUAACAAUACACACAAUCUAAAGAAUGGAAUUAAGAAUAUAUAAAUAUUUGGACGAGUGAUGUCAGAGCGGCAUAGACUAAGAUACAGUAGAAUAGGAUAGAAUACAGUAUGUACAUAUGAGAUGAGUAAUGCAUAGACUAAGAUACAGUAGAAUAGGAUAGAAUACAGUAAAUACAUAUGAGAUGAGUAAUGCCAGAUGUAUAAACCUUAUUAAAGUGACUAGUGUUCCAUUCCUUAAAGUGGCCAAUGAUUUCAAGUUUGUGUAUGUAGGCAGCAGCCUCUCUGUGUUAGUGAUGGCUAUUUAACAUUCUGAUGGCCUUGAGAUUGAAAAACAGCUUCUGUCUCUCGGGCCCAUCUUUAGUAGACCUGUACUGACCUCGCCUACUGGGUGUCCUUAGCCCUUUGAAGUUGACAUUUAAAAUCAUUAGGUUGGGGUUUAGGGUAGGGAUGUCCUAAGGAUCCCGGAUAGCAUUGACCAUUGUGCAUUAUUCUGUCUCUUACAUAGCAGGUGUAACAUAAACAGACAAGACAAGUAGACACACAGUGCAUUAUGGUCAUUGUAGUUUUAAAAAUAGCAUCUAAUCUAUGUGGGGUUGUUAGAGAAGAAUGUGAUUGUCAGCCCUAACAUCCAUUCUAGCACCUCAUCAGGCUCUGUAAAAGGCUACAUGUUCAUCAAUACAAGCAGUGAACAUCUGAAAUUCACCCUCACCUUUGAUGAACAUGAAACAAGUUAUCUGGUUUUUGAUUAAGAGGGAGGGGUGUGGCUUUAACACAGACCUAUACAGGAAGCCGACUGACAGCAAUUCCCUGUUACGCCGAGACAGCUUCCACCCUACACCCCUAAAAGAGAUCCUCCCCAUCAGCCAAUACAGUUGCAUACACAGGAUUUGUAGUACACAGAGUGACUAUGACAAACAAGCUGACUGUCUGGAUGAGUGUUUCAGACAGCUGGGUUACCCAGAGGAAUGUCUGGAUGAGUGUUUCAGACAGCGGGGUUACCCAGAGGAAUGCCUGGAUGAGUGUUUCAGACAGCGGGGUUACCCACAGUGGGGUUAUCCAGAGGAACGGCUGGAUGAGUGAUUCAGACAGUGGGGUUACCCACAGUGGGGUUAUCCAGAGGAACGUCUGGAUGAGUGUUUCAGACAGCUGGGUUACCCAGAGGAAUGCCUGGAUGAGUGUUUCAGACAGCGGGGUUACCCAGAGGAAUGCCUGGAUGAGUGUUUCAGACAGCGGUGUUACUCAGAGGAAUUGCUGCAUGACGCAAGGGAUCGCAGGGGAUCGUUAUAAAAAUACAGUGGUGGAAAAAGUACCCAACUGUCAUACUUGAGUAAAGAAAACAUUUAAAAUGUCAUUUUAAUUUUGUAAAUUUGAAACAAAAACAAAACUGUUUGUACUUGUAGGUAACCAAAUCGUGACUACAACUAAGUUACUAAGUCUUUAACCACUCUGGUGAGUAAAAACUCAUGCUUCCUACACUUUACCUUGUUGUCUGAAAAUAAAAUGUACAUUUUCCUCAACUGCGUCCAGUCAGUAGAUGGACUAGAUGCUGCUUUGGCCGCCCGUUGUGACUCCGUCAAGAAUUCAGCAGAGCAAGUUUGU